AUGUGUCACCUGUCUCACACCUCCUCCUCCUCCUCCUUGUCCUCGUCCUCCACCUCCCGCUCUGCUCUCUUCGUCUUCUGCUCCUGUCCUACUACUACUGCACGCCACCUCUCACUCUCUUCACCACCAUCAUCGGCACCACUUCCUAUCCACCCCUCAUUCCCUGCGUCUCCACCGACUUACAAUCUGUGCACCACCCAGGCUCCAAUGCACACGUGCACUAGCCACAAGUCCAAGUCACUUCAUCUACCCCUGUUGCACAUCUGGUCUGCGCCCCAACUCUCCUCCCUCGAGGCCGCCGUUCUUGUCACAUUCACUAAUUCCUGCCUAUAG